CAGCACCAGUCCGGUUUGUCAGUGAAGAGCAAGUUCAGGGCGCACACGAGAAGCAAAGCACGGACUGAAUUUCUUCAAAAUGAGCUUACCAGUUGCGCUAUUUGACAGAACAAUAAACUGUCCGAAAACUUUUACCUCCCAUGCUGCCAAAAAGUGAUAUUCUUCUGUCGCAAGAGUCGCUAAUGUUUUUUGAAGUUGUUCGCUACGCGUUUAGUCAGCUGUGUUGUUUAAUAUCAGGGUGCUUCUGUUUGUAGAAGUUUUCACCUGGACUUUUGCAAACAAAUCGAUUCAAUUGAACGACGCCAUGAUCCCAGAGUGUCCACGCGCCGGGGACUCGAGAAGCCGAACCCGCCCACAGCGCAGCCCGGCAGCCGAACCGAGCCACGGACGCGGCGGCAGCGGCUUGUUGUCCGAAAUUAAAACCACCGUCAACAGCGAGCAUUUCACCGACCACUACACAAUCAUUCCCGGUAAAGAGCUCGGAAGGGGGAAGUUUGCUGUGGUCAGAAAGUGUGUGGAGAAAUGCACAGGCAACGAGUACGCCGCAAAGUUCAUGAGGAAGAGACGGAAAGGCCAAGACUGCCGGAUGGAGAUCAUCCAUGAGAUCGCUGUGCUCGAGUUGGCCACAGCCAGCACCCGGGUCGUCAACCUCCACCAGGUCUAUGAGAUGGCUUCUGAGAUGGUGCUAGUCCUGGAGUUUGCGGCGGGAGGUGAGAUCUUCAACCAGUGUGUGUCAGAUCGGGAAGAUGAGGCCUUCAGUGAGGACGACGUGAAGAGGCUCAUGAGGCAGAUCCUCGAGGGAGUCUCUUUCCUCCACCAGAACAACGUAGUCCACCUCGACCUGAAGCCUCAGAACAUCCUGCUAACCAGCAGCUCUCCUCUGGGUGACAUUAAGAUCGUGGACUUUGGUCUGUCCAGGAUGGUCAGCAGCCACCAGGAGCUCAGAGAGAUCAUGGGAACUCCAGAAUAUGUUGCUCCUGAGAUUCUAAAUUACGAGCCCAUAAGCACAGCAACAGAUAUGUGGAGUAUUGGUGUUUUGGCCUACGUGAUGCUGACAGGACUCUCUCCAUUCCUGGGCGAAGACAAGCAGGAGACGUUCCUCAACAUCUCCCAGCUCAAUGUGAGCUACACCGAGGAGGAGGUGCAGCAGCUGGACCCGGCAGCCGUGUCCUUCAUCCAGAUGCUGCUCCGCAAACAUCCACAGGAUCGGGCCACAGCGGAGCAGUGUCUCAAACACCCCUGGCUUCGGUCCACUGGGCCUCCGGAAACACAGACGGUGGAGGGGAUCCUCCCGGUGGUGGACCAGCAGGCAUCCAGCUCCACCAGUAGCUCCACCAGUAGCCCCGAACCACCCAGCAGCACAAUAACAGCUGAGGAGGAGGAGGAAGAGGAGGAGGGGGAGGCCCCAGUGACGGAGGAGCUUAUAGUUAUGGCUGCCUACACCCUGGGUCAGUGCCGCCAGUCGUCCACCUCCACCUCAGAGAAGGAGGCUCUGGCUGCCGAGCAGAAGGCCAUCUCCAAACGUUUCAAGUUUGAGGAGCCUUUCAGUGCUCUUCAGGAGGUCCCAGGAGAGUUCAUCUACUGACCUCAGUACUGAGGAGUAAAAGUUAGUGUUCUGCAAUAAAUAUAGACCUCCUGAUUAUACAGACUCCCCUCCAUAUAUGCUAUAUAUGAUCACUCAAUCUGAUAUUUAAGCUGUUGGAUUUUAAGUGCAUUUUUGGCGUACCUACUCACCUUUUUCUCCCCCCGAUACAGCCACCCAGGCCAUCUCCUGAAGCACUUACAGUAGGUUCAUGUCUCUCUCUUUAGGUUUGCUCUUUUUCUUUUCCCCAUGAACAACUGGCCAGGCGUAGACAGUGUUACGAAACUGGGAUAUUUCGAGAUGCUCCCGUAGAGUUUGGAAAUUUAAACUUCAACUUUUGGCGUUGAAGAGUGAGGUCUUCUUUGGAGAUUUUAAAACUGACUUUGACUUGUCAAACAGUGAGCCAUCAAUCAGAGAAGAGGCAGACAGAUAAGGGCCUCAGGUUGGUGGACCAUGACUGAACAGCUGCUAAAUGGACCUGCCCCCCUCCGAAACACCAGAAAAUAAAUAUUGAUAUUUGUGCUAUAUAUAUAUAUAUCUAAAUUGUCUUACUUAUUAUUUAAUUCAUUAUUAUUAUUGUAAUUAUUAUUGUUAUUAUUAUUACUCAGAGUCCACACCUUAACAGACUGUCUAGAAGUCUGAUUGUCCCAGUUACUUGCAGGUGCAGGGCAGUUGGACAUUUGAAUUCACACAGAGACAAAUCCAAAGGGUCAGGAAACCAGACCAGAGCUUAGCCACCCGAGUGUUAACAAUGACCUGUCCUCAGAAACUUAUAGACAGCAAGUGCUUGAUGGUCCACAAUGAGGCUGUACGGUAUGUUUAUAUGUAUAUAUAUAUAUACACACAGUGCAGAGCUUUACAUUGUGCUUUGCAUUAAGGGUUUCUUAACCACCACCACCCCACCACCCCCCAAACAAAAAUGAAUCCAUUUAAAAACAGAAAUUGUUUGUCAGUCAGUUUUCCGUUUUAAAUUUCUGUGCCGUCAACUUAAAACCACAUUUUUACACUCUGCCAAACAUAAAACCUUCCUGAUUUAAAGCGUCAUAAUAACAAAGAGUAACAAAGAGUAUCAGCUGUUCGUGUCUGUAGUUGGUGGUGUCCUGACAGUCUCACGAUCUCUUUAUUUUUUGUUGUUGUUGCAAUAGUGGCCACUGAAACAAAGCUGCAGAUGUAUGUGGCAUUGCUUGUUUGUAACUAUAGAAAGAGUCAUAACUGAUCUUGGUUGAAUUUUGAGGUGUCUUGUCAACAGUUUUACAGAUGUUUCUUUUAUAAUGGUGGUCUGUGGUGGGGGAAAAAUGCCUAUUUUGGAAUUUUUCACUGCAGUUUUGUGAGUGGCCACUCAGCGAAACUGAAAACAAGUCAGAGCAGCACUGUCGCAUCAGCUGUGAAUAAUACAUUCAGCUCUGUCAAAGACAUCAGGUCGUCUCCGAGGUGUCGCCGCUAAGGAGGACACCUGACUCGCACUCACCGAUGUAGAAACUGACUGACUGUCUCCUGCCACAGAUGGCUGAUGAUGCGUUUACUGAUGGUGAAAGUUCCACUUUGUUAGGUGGAAAUCUCUCCACAGCAUGUAGAGAUUGUGUAUAGCGAAUCUUCACUUCCGGUCAUCAUCCAUGUGCAUGUGUGCUGAUGACUGAAGAGGUUGAUUUGCUGUCUGAACUGUUUGUUGAUUUUAUCACAAAACAGUGAGACGUAGCUCACUUUUCUUACCCGUCACAUGAUUUUUAAAUUCAGAAGGCAAAUUGUAGUUAACGUCAGUCCGCUUCCUUAUCUGUGCCGCUCUCCUCUGAACAGAACCAGCUCCUGCUCUCUCAACCCUGUUUAUGUUUUGUCUUAUUUUGUAUUUGGUGCCAUGCUUGGAGAUUUUCUCUAUGAUUUGAUGAUCAUAGCUCUCAUUGUCUUUUUUUUUUUUUUUUUUAAACUUUGGGUAUUUCUGUUUAAUAUUGCAGAUAUUUCUGAGGAGUUUUAUAAUUCUGUGUACAUAAUGCAAAUUUGUGUUGUUGUUUUUUUUUUAAAGUCUUUUAAAAGGUAUUUUCAGCAGUACUGUUUAAAGAGCCAUUUCACAUAUUCCUCUUACAUCACCGACUGAGCUUUCCAUGGUUCUGUGUUCUCUGAAGCAAUAAAGACAAAAUCUGUACAUGUAGACAUCAAGCAGUCUACACUUCCAGUGGGUCUGUACUGUACUUUCUGUUUAAGAAACUGUAAGCUCUGUUACCAUAGGAACAGAUUUGUACAUUCAAAUCCCAUACUGUAAAUAAACAUUUCAAAAGUGAA